AGACCGUAAGCAGUGCUUUUUAAUUACUCUUGUUCUGAUUGCAUUAAAUUUCAAAGUGGGUCGAAAUAGAGUGUGCGUAGGAGUAUGAUUUGUAAGAGAGGAUCGUUCGAAUGUUAGCGCGCGGCGUGCUUGAAUGCGCGGUUACGUAAAUAUACCUACUGUGAUUCAUUGCACUUUUAUUGCCAGUUGUCACUUUGCGUAUUUUUACCUUCAGUCUCGUUGUUAUAACGGAUAAAUAUAGCGCAUAGCGAUUGUUUAUUAGUGCUAUAUACUGAAAUAGAAGUAGUUUCAGUUUUCGGUCAGUCGAUCGGCUUCCCUCAUUACGUUUUGGAGCAGUCAGCUGAUCGAUGUGGAAUGCUACUGAGUCGAUUGCUCAGAAAUAGUAGGGGUUGAAUUUGCAUUUGCCUCGCUGUCCGGAAUCGGCGCGGCCUGCAUCACCAACCCCAUUGACGUGGUUAAGAUCCGGAUGCAGUUGCAGGGCGAACUUCUGACUCGAGGCUCAUACAAGAGGAUCUACCGGAACACGUUUCACGCGGCGUACAUAAUUGCUCGACACGAGGGUAUAUUAGCGCUACAAUCAGGCCUAGCGCCGGCGCUGGGCUACCAAUUGUGCCUUAACGGGCUUAGGCUGGGCUCGUACCAUUUUGCCAAAAGAUUUCAUAUCACGCUCAACGAGAAAGGCGAGACCAGCAUAGUUAAGACCGCGUUGGCCUCGGGUAUAGCCGGAACCAUGGGUGCUAUCAUUGGCAGUCCGUUUUAUAUGGUGAAAACGCAGCUGCAGUCGCAGGCGGCGAAGAGCAUAGCGGUAGGAUACCAGCACCAUUAUCAUAGUGCAUUUGACGCGUUCCGGCAUCUCUGGCGAGAGGCUGGCUUUUUCGGUCUCUACCGUGGCUGGUAUGCCAAUACGCCGAAAGUCUUCAUUGGGUCAGCAACGCAACUUACGAUUUUCGGCCUCGUCACAGACUUUCUGAAACCUUUCGAGACCUUCAAAGAUAAGCCCUUACUAAUGACGUUCGUAGCAGCGCUUAUCAGCGGAUGUUGUCUAUCCGUAGUGAUGCAGCCGUUUGAUGUUUUGGCAGUCAGACUCUAUAACCAGGGUACUGACCGCACGGGUAAGGGUAUGUAUUACAACGGACUAUUCGAUGGCCUAUAUAAAAUCUUCAGAGUCGAGGGAGUCCUCGGCUUGUACAAAGGAAUAUUUCCUACCUUAAUGAGGAGUACACCACACGUAAUUUUGUGCCAAGUUUUUUAUGAGAAGCUCUCUCAGACGUAUGACGCAUUAAGAUGAAAAAUCUGAAUUUUGUGGAAAUACAUAUCACAUCGUCAAUCUCGUCAAAUCAGUUGUGUGAUUGUGUUUCUUGCUAAAUGACCAAAAAAGUGCAAAUAGGCUGUCAAAAUAAUCUUGCAGUUCCUGAGAAUUAAACUCGAUUAGUCACGAGGAUAGGCAUUUUAUAUCCUGUUGAACUAUAUGUUUUAUAGCGUGAUCUUUCUCUAGGUUUAACUAGAGAUUGACAUCUGCAUGUCUGUUAUGGACAACUGACGUAUUCAAAGAGAUAAUAAUUAACGUUUAUAAUAUUGCACUGCAAUGAUUGUUGGCAGAUAAAACAAUAAAUGUUAAUGUAGAUAUAAAUAAUCAUUUUAUAAACGAAUUAUAGUGAUUAUACAAAUUUUAUGAAAUAGUUAAGCAUACAUAAUUUACUUCGCGUUGAAUAAUAACAAGAACUUAAUUCAAUUAUUUAUUAUAAAUAAAGAAAAAAUGCAACUCUCUAUCAGUAUAUAAUUAAAAUAAUUUUUCAUGCAACAAAAUACAUCUUUAUACAGAUUUUCUUACACAUAUAAUCACAUAAGAAUAAUUCACGAAUAUUUGUUAUCUGAUUUGAAUUUUGUUAUUGAUAUACAUAUCGAUUUCGAAUUAUUAUGUAAUAAUAAAGACUAACAAAGA